GAGGAGGAGGAGAAGGAAAGGAAGGACGCCAAGUCGAGCGUCGCUGUCACUGAAUUCGGGGCUCCCGGUAUCAACGAACGCACAGGAUGGCGGCUGCGGUGGCUGGGUUUCGUGCUUCUUAUCACCGUUUCUUAGACAAGAUCGAGCUUAUGUUGCCGCCUCGGCUGCGCCCUUUAUAUAACCACCCUGCAGGUCCCAAAACAGUGUUUUUUUGGGCACCUGUUAUGAAAUGGGGUUUGGUAUGUGCUGGAAUGGCUGAUAUGACUAGGCCUGCUGAAAAACUCAGCACUUCACAGUCUGCUGUUCUAAUGGCUACUGGCCUUAUCUGGUCAAGGUAUUCUCUAGUAAUUAUUCCUAAAAACUGGGGUCUGUUUACUGUAAAUUUCUUUGUUGGCUGUGCUGGUGGCUCUCAGCUGUACCGCAUAUGGAGGUAUAACCAAGAGUUAAAAGCCAAAGAACUGGAAAAGCAGCAGUAGAAAUUCUAGUUAAUUUCUUCUAAUUUCAAUGUAAACUACUUCCUAUGGGACCUAGUUUUAAUCCUGUUCAGUUGCCCAGUAUGAAUUUUUACUAAAAGUGGUAGAGCAUGUUUUUCUAUAAAGUUAGAAAGCAGCCUCUUUGCAUUUAAAUAAACUCUUUAAUAAGCUUCUAGUCUCUUCUUAAGCCCAAAUGCAACUGGUACAAGUAUUUUUAAGGACAGAAGCAAGCAAGAUGACUUUUUUAGCUGCUCAGAAACCUGAAUUUGAAGGGGAAAAGGUGAUUUAGGGGACUCGAGUUCUCACACCAUAUCUUUCACCAGCAACUUAAAAAUAAUCUUUUCCAGGCUCAUGGAACUGCCACUUCACAACCAGAAAAAGACAGGUUUCAGGAGGUACAUAGGUGCCAAAUAUAUGUUCUUCUUCAAAGCAAUGUUACAGUCUUAAUAGCAGUAGAUCCAAUGGUCCAAACUGCUCAAAUUACUGUAAAUCUGGCCUGAACGCAGGACUAAAUUCAUAUAUUUUGCUAUAUUUUAGAAAUACUCACUUUUUCAAAGUAUGAAAAUUUGUCAGACUCAUAGGAUCAUUUAAAAAAUAUUUUUGGGAUACAUCUGCAAAUUCCUGUUGAAGACUGGGGUUUAUAUUAUAUUUUGUUUUUAUAUAACUGGAGAAAUAUUCCUUUUUCAGCAUGUUGCUGAACUUCAUAGACGCAGAGACAGGCUUAGGAAAUAAUAUUGGUAGACAUAACAAUUAUAAGUGAAUACACACAUAGAAAAUGAAGCAUUUCAUAUUUGCUGAGUUAUUUUCAAGUGGCUUAUUUUAUACCUAUAUCCAAGUCAUAUAUUUGAUUACUGUAAUGUAUCCUACAUUGGUCUGUCCUUGAAGACCAUCCAGAAGCCACAACUGAGUUAAAAUAUGAUGACACACUUCUGACUGUCCCACACGUGCUUGUGUUCUGUCACUGUUGUAUGAGCUGCAUUGGUUUCCAAUUGUUUCCCAAGUACAAUUGAAGGUAUCAUUUUUAAAGCCCCACAUGGCACAGGGCCAGAUAGUUUGCCCAAGUGCCUUUCCCUUACGAUAUUGGUCCAUCCCAUUAAGUGAAAUAGGGUGAGAGGCACUUUAGGUGCCUUCCCUCAAACAUUGCCACGUAGUCAGGUCCUGAGAGCAUGCGUUCCAUAUAGCUGCCCCGUCCCUUGAAACAGCCUCUCACUUGAGAUGAGGGAGUGUACCCUUUUAACCCUUCUUAAGGCCUUGAAGUCCUGAUUCUUCCCUUAAGCAUUAGGGUGGGAUGGGAUUAUGUCACAAGAUUAGAAGCAUGGGUUACUAUAGUGCUUUGGUGGGAUUUUAUUUUUAUUGGUUUUGCUACCACCUAGGUAGCCAGUUAAGAUAGGUAGCCAGUUAAAUUCUGUGAAUUAAAAAAAAAUGACAUCCAAGCCCCCAAGAUCCCUCACUCAACAUUAUUAGCCCACAUUCCUCUCUCAGGACCCUCCGUCUUCAGUUAUGUUGCUCUUUCUUACUUUCUUUACCCAUUCACUCCCUGGCCCAUGUUUUGCAUAAUUCUAGACCUGUGCUAUUCCUUCCUGUGUGUUAAGUGGCACAUCUUUGUUCUAGUCGUCUUGCUGCUGAUUCUCAUCAUGGUUAAACACAUUUAUUUCUGGGAUAACUCAUUAUGAUUUCCAAGUUUUCCUGCUUACCUGGUAAUAUCAGUGGAGUCUUUUUCCUUCUCUUUCCUUGGAUAGAUAGCAGCACUUCAAAAUAAAGCAAUUG